AUGGCCAACGAGGUAGACUAUGGCUUCGACGGCCUCAUGGACGAUCCCGAGGACUACUACCCCCCUACGCCGCCGCCUACGUCCCAGGUUUUCACAAUGCAGAAUGGCAAACCCAUAACGCUGCACCUCGUCGGUGCCAGCCCAACAGAGGCUCACCAUCUCUGGAACGGUGCAAAGAUGAUCGCCGACUUCUUUGAGGAUGGUCCUUCUCGCGUCCGCAACAAGACGGUCCUCGAGCUAGGAGCCGCUGCUGGUUUGCCCAGUCUCGUUGCUGCCAUCCUUGGCGCUCGCAAGGUCGUCGUGACUGAUUUCCCGGACCCGGACAUCAUCAAGAUCAUGCAGAAGAAUAUCGACGAGUGUGACGAGACGGUCGAGCCCAAGGGACACAUCGCCGAUGUUGUCGAUGCUGUUGGGUUCGUCUGGGGCGCUGAUCCCCUUCCUCUCCUCGCUCACCUCAACCCAACCCAGCCAGAAGAUCCCAAAGAACGGUUCGACAUUCUCAUUCUGGCAGAUCUUCUCUUUCGACAUAGCGAGCAUGGUGCUUUAAUCAAGACGAUCCGAGAGACAAUGCGGGUUUCGCGCGAUAGCGUUGCCUAUGUCUUUUUCACAUCAUACCGGCCGUGGAAGAAGGAGGCCGAUGAGCGUUUCUUCGAUAUCGCGCGUGAGCAGGGCUUUGAGGUGGAGCAGAUUGCCGAGCGCCGCCUGGAUAAGCCGCUGUUCGAGAACGACCCUGGUGACCUGGAGGUGCAGAAGACGGUGAGGGGAUUUGCUGUCAAGUGGUCUGCCGAGGCGUGUAGUUGA